GAGCGUCCCGGGGUCAGAGGAAGGCGGAGGAGAGGCCGCGGACCGGAGGGGCUCGGCUGUGAGUGAGAAGAUGUAGAGGAACCACAGGCAGGCGAUCGGCCCAGACGCGCGGCUGCCCCUCGGGCCACCCUCACCAUGUCCAAGAAGGGCGCAGGCGGCCGGAGCAAGGGGGACAAGGCGGAGGUCCUCGCCGCCCUGCAGGCUGCCAACGAGGACCUGCGGGCCAAGCUCACUGAGACCCAGAUCGAGCUGCAGCAGGAAAAGAGCAAGGUCGGCCGGGUGGAGAGGGAGAAGAACCAGGAGCUCAGGCAGGUGCGGGAGCACGAGCAGCACAGGAGCGCCGUCCUGCUCACCGAGCUCAGGACCAAGCUGCACGAGGAGAAGAUGAAGGAGCUGCAGGCGCUGCGGGAGGCGCUGCUGCGGCAGCACGAGGCCGAGCUGCUGCGCGUCAUCAGGACCAAGGACAGCGAGAACCAGCGGCUGCAGGCGCUGCUGCACGCCGUGCGCGACGGCGGCCCGGACAGGGCGCGCACCGUGCUGCUGUCCGAGGCCAAGGAGGAGGCCAAGAAGGGCUUCGAGGUGGAGAAGGUGAAGAUGCAGCAAGAGAUCUCGGAGCUGAAGGGCGCCAAGAGGCAGGUGGAGGAGGCGCUGACCCUGGUCAUCCGCGCCGACAAGAUCAAGGCCGCGGAGAUCCGGAGCGUGUACCACCUGCACCAGGAGGAGAUCUCCCGCAUCAAGAAGGAGUGCGAGCGCGAGAUCCGCCGGCUGAUGGAGGAGAUAAAAUUUAAAGACAGAGCAGUCUUCGUGCUGGAGAGAGAGUUAGGGGUUCAAGCCGGGCAUGCUCAGAGACUCCAGCUCCAAAAAGAGGCUCUAGACGAGCAGCUGUCCCAGGUCAAAGAGACCGACCGGCACCCGGGCAGCCCCAGGCGGGAGCUUCCUCACGCAAGCGGUGCAGGAGACGCCUCAGACCACUCGGGAAGCCCUGAACAGCAGUUGGAUGAAAAGGAUGCUCGGCGUUUCCAACUUAAGAUUGCGGAGCUGAGCGCGAUCAUCCGGAAACUCGAGGACCGCAAUGCCCUGCUGUCGGAGGAGCGGAACGAACUGUUGAAGCGUGUAAGGGAAGCUGAAAGUCAGUACAAGCCAUUGCUGGACAAAAACAAACGCCUCACUCGGAAGAACGAAGAUCUGUCCCACAGUUUACGUCGGAUGGAAAACAAGUUAAAAUUUGUCACCCAGGAGAACAUAGAGAUGAGGCAGAGAGCAGGGAUCAUACGGAGACCCAGCUCCUUGAACGACCUGGAUCAGAGUCAGGACGAGCGGGAGGUGGACUUCCUGAAGUUGCAGAUUGUUGAGCAGCAGCACCUCAUAGACGAGCUCUCCAAGACCCUGGAGACCGCUGGCUACGUGAAGAGCGUGUUAGAACGUGAUAAGCUUUUAAGAUAUCGGAAACAAAGAAAGAAAAUGGCGAAACUCCCCAAGCCGGUUGUCGUGGAGACCUUCUUUGGCUAUGAUGAAGAGGCUUCUCUGGAGUCGGACGGUUCUUCCAUCUCUCACCAAACGGACAGGACGGACCGGACCCCGUGCAGCCCAGACGACGACCUGGAGGAGGGCAUGGCCAAGGAGGAGACAGAGCUGCGGUUCCGCCAGCUAACCAUGGAGUACCAGGCUCUGCAGCGGGCCUACGCGCUGCUGCAAGAGCAGGUCGGAGGGACGCUGGACGCAGAGCGAGAAGUUAAGACCCGUGAGCAGCUGCAGGUGGACGUGCAGCGGGCGCAGGCACGCAUCGAGGACCUGCAGAAGGCCCUGGCCGAGCAGGGGCAGGAUAUGAAGUGGAUUGAAGAGAAGCAAGCGCUGUUUCGGAGAAAUCAGGAGCUUGUGGAAAAGAUUAAACAAAUGGAGACAGAAGAAGCUCGGUUAAAACACGACGUCCAGGAUGCGAAGGACCAGAAUGAGCUGCUGGAAUUCCGGAUCCUGGAGCUGGAGGAGAGGGAGAGGAAGUCUCCCGCCAUCACCUUCCACCACACCCCUUUCGUGGACGGGAAGAGCCCCCUGCAGGCGUACUGCGAGGCGGAAGGCGUGACGGACAUCCUGGUCUCAGAGCUGAUGAAGAAGCUGGACCUGCUGGGGGACAACGCCGUAAGUAAUCUGACCAAUGAGGAGCAAGUGGUCGUCAUCCAAGCCAGGACAGUCCUGACCUUAGCCGAGAAGUGGCUCCAGCAGAUCGAGGAGACGGAGUCGGCCCUGCAGCGGAAGAUGGUGGACCUAGAGAGCGAGAAGGAGCUGUUCAGUAAGCAGAAGGGCUACCUGGACGAGGAGCUCGACUACCGGAAGCAGUGCUUGGACCAGGCUCACAAGCGCAUCCUGGAGCUGGAAGCCAUGCUGUACGAUGCCCUGCAGCAGGAGGCCGGGGCCAAAGUGGCUGAGCUGCUAUCCGAGGAGGAGCGCGAGAAGCUCGGGGUGGCGGUGGAGCAGUGGAAGCGCCAGGUCAUGAGCGAGCUCCGGGAGCGGGACGCCCAGAUCCUGCGGGAGCGCAUGGAGCUUUUGCAACUGGCGCAGCAGAGAAUUAAAGAAUUAGAAGAAAGAAUAGAAGCCCAGAAGAGGCAAAUAAAGGAACUGGAGGAAAAGCUUUCAUUCUGUGGUCAUAGCUCGCCUGGGCACUCUGGCGUGCCCCCCUUUCCUCCAGCUUUACCGGAGAGCGGUGGGCGCCCGUCCCUGAAGACUCGGGGGGAGCCGGCCUCUGCAGACGCCCUGCCGUCGAGGAGGAGGGAGAGAGGGGGUCUCUGAGCACCUCCGAGGGGACUGUUCACUUUGAUGAGCCGGAAUUAGAACUCGAUCUCCGACCGGGCUUCUCUGAAGGGGCCUGGUCUUGGCUGCGGACCCCAGGUCCUCGCUUGGGACACAGCCCCUGGCCCCAGUUAUGGGGACACGCGGGGCCCCUGCUGGCGGGUGCACAGGCCGCUUCCGUGCAGGAGCCCCGGCCCCCGCCUCCCCUGGUUCCCUCAGUGACCGCAACAGGAGUUGGAGGAGAGGGCGGACUCCCAGAAACAACGCAGGCGGCCCGCAGCACGCCGCGGCGGGGCUGCUGCCAUGACGGGGACCUUUGUUCAGGGCACCCGGGCGGCUCAUGGAGCAUCUCCAGCGUGGUUCCCCGGGUCACCUGGGCCAGCUGCGAAGGCACUGCAACCCGCUUGCUGGGGUCCUGGGCGCUUGCCGACCGACGCGUGUGGCCACCCUGCCGUGUUAGACGCUGUCGCCAGUGGGAAUGGAGCUGUGGAUGCCAUGGUGCCACCAGCCCCCCACCCUGAGCCGCGCCGAAGGACUGGCCAGAGCGAGGACCGAGGAGCCGGUGGAGGGAGCUGGGACAAGAAGGGCGGGGUGGCUGGACAGAGCCCGGCCUCACUGGAGACGCAGGGGCCAGAGGCUGUCUCGGGCGGUGCAGACCCGGACGCCACAGAGGCAGGCCUAGUGCGGCCGAAGCCACCCGGUCCAGAGCUGCAGCCUUCCUGCUCCAAGGGCAGUGCCCGGCGAGGACCACAGAGCCUGUAGGUCUGUGGUUGAGAAGGGGGCCCGACGCCCAGCUGGCAGCAGGUGAGACUCAGCCACCAUCCCUGGAGGGACACCUUCCCUCCCACCCUGUGGGGCACCCACUCACCUUCGGGUCUGCGGUAUCCUGCCUCCUGGGGUGGGGGGAGGUCAGCCCCCUCUGAAGGUUCAGUUUGCUGGGACGCUGGCCCUGCAGCGGGAGCCCUGGUGUCUGUGCAGGCGGGUGAGGGCACGGUG